AUGCUUCAGAUUACCAAAGAAUUGUGUGCAAAAGAGUGGGACUUUUACAGCAGAAACUUAAUGAAGCUUUAUUUUGGAGGAUGGAUAAAAUAUAAUUUGCUGAAAAGGAAUGAGAAAAGCCAGUGGAAGAUGGCUGUAGGAUGAGUCCAUUAUAAUAUCUAUUUAAAUCUGUUGUAUAGAGAGAGUACUAAUGGAACUCUACGAUUAUUGACAAGGAAAUUUAGAGGCUGUCACAAGAUCAUCUGUUUGGAAAGUCCAGGUUUCAUUCAGGUUUGUACUGAUGUCUUCAGAAAUACUGCCAAUGGCUGCAGUUGGAUUCAAGAUUUGCUAAUCAGCAAAAUGUUAACUCUUACAGAUAGAUGUGUUUAAACUCUGGUUGAAAAAUGCAUAAGGUCUGUUUUCUUUCUAGACUCUCCGAAACUUUCUGACACAACUCUUAAAGCCCUUGCAGAAUGUAAGCUUUUGAAGGUCAGCAUUGAGGGGAAUAACCAAAAUACUGAUUUAAGCUUCAAGCUGAUGAAUAAAUGCUGCCCAUACAUCAGGCACAUUCAUGUGGCUGAUUGCCAGGAGAUUACAGAAGUUGGUGUUAAGAUGAUUUCACCAUUGAAACAUAUUUUUUGUACCGAAUAUGGCAGACUGCAUAAGUUCUGCAAGGGCACAGAAUACCUGGAACUCUGCCAUGUCUCUUACUGCCCUCAGCUGACAGAUGAAGCUGUGAAAAAAAUGGCAUUUCACUGCCACAGACUGGCAUCUGUCAACACAGUGGGUUACCCAAAGAUGAUUGAUACAUGUAUCCAAUAUUUGGCUGCAGUCUGCCAUUAUCUCUCCAUCUUGUACAUCUCAAGUUGUAUUCAUCUUACUGACAACUUGAAAUAUCUUUGGAAAGGCUGUGAGCAACUCCAGAUUCUCACAACACUGUACUGUAGAAAAAUUACCAAACAAGCUGUCUUGAAAUCCACAGCUGAACUGGAGAAACAGCAACAUAAUGAUGGACCUCCUUCCUGGCUUGGCUAUGACUGGGAUGGUAACAUAACCCUUUCACCAAAAAAUACAGAUCAGAGCCUGAAAAAACAAAUUCUUUAAAAUGAAAAAUGA